UCCUGCGCGCACUGCCCUCCGUCCCUGGCCACCGCGCUCCUCCGCGGACACGCACUUCCUGCGAGGCCUCUGUGCGCACCUUAGCCGAGCCGAACCGAGCCGAGCUCAGCCUUGCCCUUCCAAGCCGUUCGCCAUGGUGGACGAGCUGGUGCUGCUGCUGCACGCGCUCCUGAUGCGGCACCGCGCCCUGAGCAUCGAGAACAGCCAGCUCAUGGAACAGCUGCGGCUGCUGGUGUGCGAGAGGGCCACCCUGCUGCGCCAGGUACGUCCGCCGAGUUGCCCGGUGCCCUUCCCUGAAACGUUUAACGGCGAGAGCUCCCGGCUCCCUGAGUUUAUCGUGCAGACGGCGUCUUACAUGCUUGUCAACGAGAACCGAUUCUGCAACGACGCCAUGAAGGUGGCAUUCCUAAUCAGCCUGCUCACCGGGGAAGCCGAGGAGUGGGUGGUGCCGUACAUUGAGAUGGAUAGCCCCAUCCUAGGUGAUUACCGGGCCUUCCUCGAUGAGAUGAAACAGUGUUUUGGCUGGGAUGACGAUGAAGAAGACGACGACGAAGAUGAUGAUUACUAGGCCCCGAGACCCUCGGGCCUAGGUGGGAGGGCCCUGCACGCCGCUCCCCUCCCCCGCGCGCCCUCCUGCCCUGUCCGGAGCCGCCGCGCUCCCCCUCGCCCUCCUAUCCCCUUUCCUACCCCUGCCCUCCCAUUCUCUUCCUCAUCCCCCGCCUCCCUCGUAGUGCUUGUCUUUGUUCCAGGAAUAGUGAGUGCUCCAGUUACCUGCUGCUGGAGCUGGGGCCUCGCUCUGAAGCGCGCCGCCACCCAGUCUGGCCAGCCCCAGGACCCUCCGCUGCUAAUUUGGACUGUGUCCUGAGCCCCAGCUUUAGGGCAGGACCCUGUUACAAACUGGUCAGACUGCGCACAGCCCUGCCAAACUGCCAGGCCUACAUCUGCCCAGAGACUUAAAGCUGCCACUUCACCGUCGUCCAUCACAUUCCAGUGACAGACCACCACCUUUGGAGAUAAGAGUCAACCUAGAAGAUGCCUGAGUUGGCUACACCUCCUCGGACAAUGAUUUGUACAGCUCACCAACCUUUAAAGGGCCAGUCUUGCAGCCUGGCACCCGUUUUGCACAGCUGUUAUUUUUUUUCCAAAAUUGCAGCAGUCCCACAGAUGUGUGCAUUUGGACAAAAAUACUAAAAACAAACAAGAACAGGCACUCGGCCCAGCUCCUCAAUACUACCUGGAAAAAGCACUUGUUCUUUUCAAUAAAUAUCAAGCACUACUCAAAAAAGAAAGGAGUGUCUUUUAAUGGUUAAAUGCCAUCAUUGGCCACUACCUCUCUCACUCUGACUCCCAUUGUUCCCACUGAGAUCAGGGAAGUUAGUUCAAUGCCAGUAUUCCCCACUGUCAUCUCUAGGCUACAGAGGACAUCUACCACAGGACUUUAUUGGGAUUCUGGUGCUCCCCUCACCAAGGCAUUUCUUAAAGCCCUGGCGAAGGGAGUGUUCUCUGGAGCCUCCUGGGUGACAUGGGUAAGGGGUGACUGAGCAGGUGGCACACCAUCCCAAACUGGGACACUUUUGAGAGUGAAAGUGACACUAUUAAUAAUUAGACUGGGACAACAGGCAUAAAUCUGGACACAUACAAUAUUCCUAUCUUCCUGAGCCUUUGGGUUCCUUCCUUAACACUGCCAGGGAGGUUCUGUGCCUUAAUUCUUAUUGCCUGUGGAGUACUUUUAAGUUCAGGCUGCAGUUAACAACGUAGCACAUUGUUUUAAUGCCCCUUUCAGGCUCGAGCUAAAAUUAAAUCCUGGUUCCUUGGUAAGUGCACCGGUAAUAAAUAGAAUCUUAACAUUUCAUCCUCCUUGGGAAGACACCCUUAGAAUCCGCACCCAUACAUAUGCCCCAGGUUCCUGCCUAUGGAAGUUGGCACUAUGCCUGGCUAUCUCCUGAACUAGACCUUGUACUGCUAUCUGGGCUAUGCUGAGAUCUCUGUGGCCCAAGAGGGCUCAGAGGCAUUGAGAGAGUGGGGUGGGUGCUGAGAAUAAUGCGCAUACCUCUGUGAGGCCAUUACUCCAGGUUAAGUCAUUGAAAUGUUAAAUCAGAGAAGCUUGGUUGGGGGAUUUGUGGGGGCUCCCUCUGCCAGCCAGGCACGUUCAGGAGGAUUUGAGGAGUUCAGAGUUUUCAUUCUCAUCUAUAUCUGCUAAUGUCCUCAUUGUACCAUGCCUGGAGGCAGCCCUACCUUACGACCUCUAAUUUAGACAAUAAAUUUCUUUAUUGUUUAAGA